GUAUUUCAGCGGCGACAAGAUGGAUCUGUAGACUUCAACCAAAAUUGGCAAAAUUAUAUGUCUGAAUUUGGUGAUUUGAGUGGCGAGUUUUGGCUCGGAAACAAUAAAAUCCACAAAAUUACGUCGUCGGCAAAGUAUGAAUUUCGGAUAGAUAUGGUUACCCGUGAUGGCAACGCUUAUCACGUCACCUACGAGUCAAUUGAGAUUGGAAGUGAGAGUGACAACUUCAGGCUGAAUUUGGGAGAUUACAUCGGCGUUAAGUCUAGUACAGAGGAAGGGCUUGGUUACACCGAUUGGAGCGCAAACAGAUACAACAAUGGCAUGAGCUUCUCUACAAUUGACCGAGAUAACGAUCAUUUCAUUAUUAGUUGUAGUAGUUUGUUUAAGUGCG